AUGGUGAUGCAAGUGAAAGGGCAGCUAUUGGCAUCCACCCAUCUCGAAGCUUACACACAAAACUGGCUCGAUUUCCAGUACAUUAAUGGAUUGGUAAUCUCAGGUGGUGGAAUAUUUCAUGGACAAGGAGCUUCUGCAUGGCCUUACAACCAAUGCCCCAAGACACAAAAAUGCAAACUCCUACCCGCGAACUUGGUGUUCAGUUUCGUGACGAAUGCAACCAUCAGUAGCAUUUCUUCUAUCGACAGCAAGUUAUUCCACAUGCAAAUCUUUCAAUCAAGAGACAUCACCCUUGAUUCCAUCAAAAUCACUGCUCCCGGAGACAGCCCUAACACUGAUGGCAUCCACAUAGCCGACUCCACCAAUAUCCAGGUUACCAACUCGGUCAUCGGCACCGGUGAUGACUGCAUCUCCAUCGGCCCAGGUUGCACCAAUUUGACCAUCUUUAAUGUUAUAUGCGGUCCCGGCCACGGCAUCAGCAUCGGAAGUCUCGGCAAAAAUGCCAAUGAGAAAGAUGUCACUGGGUUGACGGUGAGGCAAUGCACUCUUACCGGUACAAGUAAUGGAUUGAGGAUCAAGACAUGGCCAUCUUCUCCAUCCAGUUUGAAGGCCACCGGUUUUGUCUUCGAAGACAUCAUCAUGAAUAAUGUCUACAAUCCCAUCAUCAUAGAUCAGAACUAUUGCCCCUAUGUUAAUUGUCCCGAAACGGAUCCUUCUCUGGUUAAGAUCAAGGACAUCAAAUUCAGAAACAUCACGGGGACCUCUGCCUCGCCAGAAGCUAUAAAACUAGUGUGUAGCAAGGCUGUUCCAUGUGAGGGCGUGGAGCUCAACGACAUCAGCUUGAAGUGCAAUGGCGACGACGAGCAAGCCAAAAAUAUGACGUCUACUUGCGUUCAUGUCUAUGGUAGCUCCAAUGGCAAUGUGAAACCAGACUCCUGUAUCUAG